AUGGACCCGCAUCGACCGGUUAAGCCUGACCCCGGCCAGGCCAACAAUGCCUUUGUCAAGCCGGAACGGCCAGACCGAGGCUCACCCUUGUCCGAUGUACCACGUUACCAGCAGUACAUGCAGCGUCCCGCGAAUGGCGCAAACGGCGGCAUCAAGCCCGACCCCGAUGCGCCGUCUCUGAGCGCAAAGCCUGCGGGUGCCGACAAGCUGGGUCCGAGCCAUGACGAAGAUGCAGACCAAGAUGCAGACAAUCAACCCGAGGAGACCAACUACCUCGAGCGCCUGGUCACCCAGGAUUCUCCCGAGGUCCUCGAGACGGGCGUCACUGUCGGCAUGCACCUCCUCGACAGAGUAAGAAACGCGCUGGAGACCUUCGAUAGCCCCGAUGUCGACGCGUGGUUCAAGACCAUCCAGGAGCUACGAGAUCGUGCAAAGCCCACCCGCACCGUCGUCGGUGUUGUUGGCAAUACCGGCGCUGGCAAGAGCUCUGUCAUCAACGCCCUUCUGGACGAAGAAAGACUGCUACCCACCAACUGCCUGCGGGCCUGUACAGCAUCGCCCACUGAAAUCUCGUUCAACUACUCGGAUGACCCGAGCGAACUGUACCGAGCUGAGAUUGAAUUCAUCUCUGCCUCGGACUGGGCCAAGGAGCUUGCGACCUUGUAUAGCGACCUUCUUGACGGCAACGGUGACAUUUCGCGCGAUUGCACCAACCCCGACAGUGAUGCCGGCAUUGCCUACGCCAAAGUCAAGGCCGUCUAUCCGCAAAAGACCAAGGAAAUGCUCGCCAGAGCCGAUGCCAAGAGCCUUGCCGAGGAACCUGCAGUUCGCGGCGUUCUAGGUAGUUUCAAGGUGCUCAAGGAAGAGGUUGCACAAGACCUGUACCGCCGAAUGCAGCACUAUGUUGACAGCAAGGAGAAGUCGAUUGGUGAAAAGAAGCGUGAUAUCCCCAUGGAGUACUGGCCCCUGAUCAAGGUGGUGCGAAUCUUCACCAAGGCGAAUGCCCUCUCUACCGGCGCUGUCAUUGUUGACCUGCCCGGUGUCCAAGACUCCAAUGCUGCUCGCGCGGCUGUCGCGGCCAACUACAUGAAGUCUUGCACUGGAUUAUGGAUUGUGGCCCCGAUCAACCGUGCUGUCGAUGAUAAGACAGCCAAGUCAUUGCUGGGCGACUCUUUCAAGCGACAGCUCAAGUAUGAUGGUACAUACUCGGCUGUCAGCUUCAUCUGCUCCAAGACUGACGACAUCUCUAUCACCGAGGCUGCCGAAAGUCUUGGCCUCGAGGAAGAAACCUCCGACUCAUGGGAGAGAGCCGAACGAUUGGAGAACAAGAGAGCUUCGCUUCGGUACCGAAUCGCCAGCCUGAAAGAAACCAAGUUGGUCCUUGCUGACCAGCUCGACGAUUGCGAGACCAAAACAGAUGUCUGGGAAGACCUUGAGUCCAAGAUUGCCGAUGGCAAGACUGUCUAUGCGCCCCCUGACAAUCCCAAGAAGCGCAAACGCGCCGGAGGACCAUCGAGAACCCGCAAGAAUCUUGAUUCAUCUGAUGUGGAUGAUGACAUGAAUGAUUCGGAUCUUGACUUGAGUGAUAAGGAAAACUCACAGUCAGACCCGAAUCGCACGCCUCUCACCGAAGAGGAUGUCGAAAAGAUGAUUGCAUCGAUCAAGGCCCAACGAAGACAGAUCCGCGAAGAGAGACGAGCCAUUGAUGGUCAGAUCGCCGGGUUCCGCAAGGACAUGGAAACUGCCCAGCAGGAGCGAGAAGUAAUUCUCGCAGAAAUCAAGGCUGUAUGUGUCAAGGGCCGCAACGAAUACUCCCGUGGCGCUAUCAAGCAGGACUUUGCAAUGGGCAUCAAAGAGUUGGAUCAAGAGAAUGCCGCAGAGGAAGACGACACAACGUUCGAUCCCGAUCAAGACGUCCGCGACUAUGAUGAAGUUGCUCGUACCUUGCCGGUGUUCUGCGUCAGCAGUCGAGCUUAUCAAAAGCUCACUGGACGACUCGUCAAGGAUGAUUUCCAAGCCCAUGGAUUCUUGUCCGUCGAGGAUACAGAAGUCCCCAAACUCCAAGAGCAUGCAAAGAAGCUAACAGAGGCCGGACGAGCUAGCCACUGCCGCCGACUGCUGAAUGAUCUGACACAGCUUGUCAAUUCCUUGAAGCUUUGGUCCGCGAGUAACGGUACCGAAUCUCACUUGACAGACGUGGAGAAGCGACGAGAAGAGCAUUUUCUGCGGAAGCUUCUUAACCAAUUGGAGCAGGGCUUUCGUGACUCUGUUGCGGAGGCGAUCCAUUCGAUCGAGGAGGCACUGGACGAACAAGUCUACACGUCGUUCGAUUCAUCGAUACCCGCAGCGAUCGCUGCUGCUCCGGCUACAGCUAACGGCUGGGGAGCGCCUCGACCCGCGGGCGGCAUGUACUGGUCGACUUACAAGGCAACUGUUCGCCGCGAAGGUGUUUAUUCUGGCGCGUCUGGCCCGCGUGAUUUCAAUCAGGAGCUCUUCGACCCAAUUUCUCGGAACUUGGCGAAUGGAUGGGAGCGAGCCUUCCAGCGUCGACUGCCAAAAAUUCUCAAGGAUUUCGCCAAACAGACGAAUGCCAACUUGAACGAGUUCCAACGGACCGCGAAGAAGCGUGCUGAGGAGCGCCACACCAAUGUCAGCAGUCUGGUCACUUUGUCCAACCAGAUUGUGGCAUACAUGCGGACUCUGGACGAGUUGCCGAACAGCCUGGGCUCUAGAAUCACCGAACUCCAACGCGAGGCCAGUCGAGAGUUCACCCCGGUCAUCGGUGCGGUGAUGCAGGACGUCUACGACCGAUGCGCGAUGGAGCGAGGAAUGGGACAGUAUAAUCGCAUGAAGUUGGCAAUGGGCAAUCAUGUGGAGAGUCAUCGCUCUACCAUGUUCCGCCAGGCCACGGACACGGUCAAGGCAAGGCUGCAAGGCAUGUGCCGAAAUGUCCAACAGACUAUGAUCGACUCGACGGCCGAGAUCUUCGACGCCGUGUUCCGUGAUUACAUGGGUGUUUUUGUGGGACAAACAGUAGAUCGUCGGGCAAGAAUGUCGCCCCAGGAACUUGAGAUGCGAAAGCAAGUUAACAACGUCAUACUCCUAGGCGACAGAAUGUUUGCACCUGUUCUGGGCAUCUCGCACUCCGAGGCGGCUGAGGAUGCGGAUGGCGUCCCUUCAGCUCCCUCUCCCGGACACGAGACCGAGUCUGGACUGCCUGGUCCCGCGCACGCGGCUGAUGCUGCACCGAAGGUGAAGCGCGAGCCAGCGAACCGGUCUGCAGCCGCUGGCCCGUCCGUCACCAUGUAUGGUGCCGCGGAUAUCGACAUGGCGAUGCAGGCUGAUGAGAUGAUGCAGGCACUUAUUCGAGACCAAAGCACUUGA